GUGGACAACUUUAUACAUGCAGACAUGCAUCCUGGGAACAUACUUGUUUGGGUGGCUCAGAACAAGCCUUCUCGGAAGCGACUGUUUAAAUCAAAGCCUCAUGUCAUUUUCCUUGAUGUAGGCAUGACUGCUGAACUUUCUAGAAGUGACAGAGUGAAUUUACUUGAAUGUUUCAAGGCUUUUGCACGUCAUGAUGGGCGCACUGCUGCUGAGUGCACACUAGGACUCUCUAAGCAACAGAAUUGCCCAAAUCCAAAGGCUUUCAUUGAGGCAUAUGUGGAUCAUAGGAUCCAAUAUUAUGUGAAUACAAAGAUUUUAUGAACUUGGGAAGCAUUUGCUAGGUUCUGUGCCAGAGUUCCCUAACCAUGUUCCUACAGGAAGUGGAGGAGUCAUUCACUUUCUGGGGUACUCCAGAAGGUGAUCUGGUUCAUCCUGUUGAUUGCAUGCAGCAGUUACUGGAGAAAGUUAGGCGGCAUAGAGUCAAUGUUGAUGGCAAUGUUUGUACUGUCAUGGUGACAACAUUGGUUCUUGAGGGAUGGCAGAGGAAACUUGAUCCAGCAUACAAUGUGAUGCAUACCUUGCAAACUCUGCUUCUCAAGGCCGACUGGGCAAAGUCCCUUUCAUACACAAUUGAGGGGCUAAUGGCUCCUUAGGUUCCUGUCCGUGCUACUAGUAUUGUUACUAAACAAUUUUGACAGUUCUAAAAAACCAAAAGAGUCUGGAAACGGACACGACUGUCUUAGGGCUUAUAUUGUUUGUUAAAUUUUUUUGUUCCC